CACUGCUUCAUGCCUUGCUCGCUUGGUUGGCGGUUGGCUUGGGUGGAAUUGAAUCUUCAGCGGGCGUACAUCGUCAAAAGCACGACGGUGCGCUUUCCAUCGGCCAGUCCGCUGCCGACCGCCCGACGACGAAGACAUAACGCACACCUCGCCACCCAGCGGAGCCGCCAACCAAAGAAAGUCAUUCGAGCGGUGGAGAGACGAGUCCACGAGCGGAAGUGACCACACAAAUUCAUACCGACCCGCCAGAUCAGCCGCAACACGAUGUACAAAAGUGACUUGUGCCUUGGACUCCUGCUAGUUAUCGGAGCAGCGAGUGCGCAACAAUCAAAAUCUAAUCAGGAGGAUCCCUGCCAGACAAAAUCACGAGUCGUAGGUGACGCCACCUAUUGUGACCGCUACUGGGAGUGCGUAAAUGGGCAGGCUGAAUUGUACGACUGCCCGAAUGGGUUGGUUUUCGCCGGGAAGAAUCGCGGCGUCACUGAGGGUUGUGACUAUCCGUGGCGGUCAAACUAUUGCGACAAUAAACAACAAGCUAAUGCGCCAAUAGGAACGGAACACUGCGACUGGUUGUACGGUAUUUUCGGACACGAAACUUCCUGCACGCGUUACUGGACGUGCUGGAAUGGUACCGCCACCGAACAAUUGUGUAUCGGUGGAUUGUUGUACAACGAACGCUCGCACUCCUGUGACUGGCCCGAGAAUGUAGAAGGAUGUCAAAAACAUCCUUUGUGUAAUGAUGACGCCAAUGGUAACGUCCCUCUGGGAAAAUCCUGCAACCGUUACUGGCAGUGUCAAGGUGGUUAUCCACGUCUUCAGAGAUGCCCAGCGAUGCUUGUUUUUGACAGACGUUCCCUGCGUUGUGUUGUCCCACCUACAGAAGACUGCGACGUCCCUUCGACCAUUGCGCCCCAGUUAGCGUUAGACGACGAAGAAGAAAAUGUGCCCAACCUGCCCCAACGGCCCAAGAAUGGAGGCGGCAAUAAUAAUAAUCUCGGCGGUGGCGAUGGACAAAAUUUCAAUCUGCCGCCGGGCGCUAUUGCUGUGCCGAACAAGGGCAAUCAACAGAACAACCGGCCACGAAACAAUAACAACAACCAGAAUAACUAAUAAUUUAUUUGUUUUAGCGUUUACUUAUUAAAAACUUCCGGUUCUUACUUUUUUUGACAAUUUCUCGUGCCAGUACACACUUUUCUUUCGUCUCUUAUUUUUAUUUUCAUGUUCUUUGUUUUAUUUUUACCGUGUUUUAAUUAAUGUGUUAUGAAUAUUUAUAAAGUAAGCAAAACACCAUUUUUAUGUGUAAUAAUUAAAUAAAUAUUAUUAUUAUAA